AUGCGUUUCAACACACCGCUUAUACUCUUGGUCCUCUCUUGCCUAGGUCUGGCAAUGGCCCAAGUGUCCUAUGACGACUGCUGCCUGACAUAUGUGAAAGAGCUCAGCAAAAGGCUUCAGGAGCGUGCGGUCAAGUACAGAAUUCAGGAGACUGACGGAGGCUGCAACAUCCGUGCUGUCAUCUUCACCAUGCGUAAAGGCCGUGUGUACUGUAGCGACCCACAAGAUCUGUGGGUAAAGGAGCUGAUGGUCAGCAUCGAUGAAAAGGCCAUCAAGCACAGCAAGAAGGCCUCCCUAAAGGUCUUUUAA